CCCAGCAGUGGAGCUCGCUGUCGGCCUUACGGCGGCGCUUGUCACGCGGGCUCCUUUAAAUUGAGGGCGUUUCGUGUGUCUCGCCGGCUACUCUCGAAUUUAAAGAGAAAGGGGCCGGAGCGAAGCGGGAAGGUGAUCUUUGCCCGGCGGUUCUUCGGUACAACAAGCAGAUAAGCAAUGUGCACUGCCCUGAGCCCGAAGGCACGUGGGCCUGGCCUGUCCGACAUGCAUCAGUAUAGUCAAUGGCUUGCAAGUAGACAUGAGGCCAACUUGCUGCCAAUGAAAGAGGAUUUGGCCCUGUGGCUCACAAACCUGCUGGGUAGAGAAAUAACAGCAGAAACCUUUAUGGAGAAAUUGGAUAAUGGUGCCUUGCUUUGCCGGUUAGCUGAAACCCUGCAGGACAAAUUAAAAGAAAACAGCUUUGAUGCAAACAAGCCUGGCAAAACCUUACCAGUUCGGAAAAUUCCAUGCAAAGCCAAUGCUCCUUCAGGGUCUUUUUUUGCACGGGACAACACAGCCAAUUUCUUAUCCUGGUGCAGAGAUGUAGGUGUGGAUGAUACCUGCCUGUUUGAAUCAGAAGGUUUGGUACUUCACAAGCAGCCAAGAGAAGUGUGCCUUUGUUUGCUGGAACUUGGAAGAAUUGCAGCAAGAUUUGGGGUGGAACCUCCUGGAUUAAUAAAAUUGGAAAAAGAGAUUGAACAAGAGGAAACACUUUCAGCUCCCCUUCCAUCUCCUUCACCAUCACCCACAAAGUCUCCUGGGAAAAAAAGCACAGGAAAACUGUUGGAUGAUGCUGUUAAACAUAUUUCUGAAGAUCCACCGUGUAAAUGCCCUAAUAAGUUCUGUGUGGAACGUCUUUCACAGGGAAGAUACAGAGUUGGAGAGAAGAUCCUUUUUAUAAGGAUGCUGCACAACAAACACGUGAUGGUUCGUGUUGGAGGAGGCUGGGAGACUUUUGCAGGUUACUUACUGAAGCAUGACCCAUGCCGAAUGCUUCAAAUCUCCCGAGCAGAUGGGAAAACUUCUCCAAUCCAGAGCAAGUCUCCAAACCUCAGGGACAUGAAUCCAGACAAUUAUCUGGUUGUUUCUGCCCAUUACAAAACCAAGAAGGAGGUUCAGUGAAAUAAGCUUCUCAUGUGGGUGGGACUUCAUGUAUGUAGGUCCAAAUUAUUCUCCCAAGUGUAGUGAAUUUAGUUCAUGUUUUAAAAAGACUUUGGAAAAUUUAACACAGACUGGAAAUGACACCCCAUUUUGAAGAUCUUUGAAUUUAGAACUAUUUAUUUCUAGUACUGUAUCUUUUAUAGGAAAUUACCCUUGAUAGGCUAAUUACUACAAUCAGAUAAUAAAUAGACAUAUAUUUUUAGCCAAACUAUUACUCUUUAAUAUGUGAAUGUAUACUUAGAGCAACUUAGAGCAGUGGAUUCUGUUAAUGGAAGAAAAUAGACAAUGAAAUAUAUUUGUAUGAAAAUCUUAUUACUCUGAAUCUCUGACUGUUAGGCUAGUGGAAAUAUAUAUAUAUGCAGGUGGAAAAUGGGUAUUUGGGGAAAUUAUUUGGUAAUGUCCCUUGAAAUUAAAUAAAAAUUUGCUAUUUGUAUGUUUUGCAAUCUUCUCUUAAUUAGUAGAAUAUAAUGGCUUAUUGCAUGCCAAACAACUUCUCAAAGCUAUUACUUAAAAGCAAAAAGGCCCAAGAAACCCUUUCACACCAUUUCACUAUUUAAAGCUGAAGACAAUACUGAGUGUUCAAUGUGUAGAUCCUUUCUGUUUUUCACAAAGUUGCCCAAUGUAAAAGCAUGGGAAAGUGGAGAGAUUGCCCCUUCCUCUGUCAGUCAGUGGAGCUGGUUGGUCAUACCAAUGAGGUGAUGUUCUGCAGCCCUUAAGGGAACCAGUAACAGGUGCACAGCCUUCAGACCCAAGGAGGAGCUUCAGAAGAUGCAAAUAUGGAGUCACAAAAUAUGGCACUGCUCUUGGAUAUGACCUUUUCCUUCCCUUUCUUUUUAAUGUUGUUGGUCAUGUUAAACAUGAGAUAUUCAUUACCCUGUAAAUAGAGUGAUUCACAUUCUCAUAAAUCGUUCACACAAUUGUAAUAUAGCCAAAGGUUUUUGUGGGCUCAGUUCAUU